AUGAGCGACUGGGAUUCUGUUACCCGCAUUGGAACCAAGCACCGUGCGGGUGCCGCUCCUCGUGAGACCGUCGUCAAGGGCAAGAGCGCUCUAAAUGCCGCUCAGCGUCAGGGAUUGGUCAUUGGAACGGAGAAAAAAUAUGCCACUGGUAACACUGCUGGACGUUCUGGUGCCCCCGAAGGCCAACACUUGACAAAGGUCGAUCGCAGUGACGAUAUCAUCAAGCCCAAGACUGUGGGGGUGCAAGUUGGAGAUGCUAUCAAGAGGCGCCGUGCCGAGGAGGGCUACAAGAUGACCCAGAAGGAACUCGCCACCAAGUGCAACACCACCGUCACUGUCGUUCAGGACUUCGAGAAGGGUACCGCCACCCCUGACCAGAAGGUCCUUAGUGCUAUGGAGCGUGUGCUCAACGUUAAGCUGAGAGGUGCAGACAUCGGAAAGGAGAAAUUCCCCAAGAAAAAGUAAAUUGACCGGGGGUGAGCCCGCGGCUUUUUCCUUGAUGGGAUAGGAUAUCUUUUCAUGAAAUCCUUUUCUUCUUUUCUCUUCACGAUGUCCCUGGAUGUCCCUUUUCGGUUUUCACGUUAAUGCAUUUUAUUGUGCGAUGAGAUCCCCAUUACUUUCUGCUGGU